GGUCGGGUCUCUGAACAGAUUCCUCUGAACCCGUCUGAUUACUGUCCCUACAGCGCCACAGGAAACUACACGGGGGGCGUGGUCUACGCCCACUACGGCCGUCCAGAGGACUUCAACUGGCUGAGGAGYGUCGGCGUGUCGGCAGCCGGCCACCUGGUGGUGAUGCGGGUUGGGGGCGGAGUCAGCUUCGCCGAGAAGGUCUGGUUGGCCGAGAGGAACGGAGGGGGCGGAGCUCUGAUCUACCCUGACCCCGCCGACCUGCCGCAGGACCCUCGGCGCCUGGGACUGAACGCUCACACCGCCGUGUCCGAGCAUGUCCACCURGGCUCWGGUGACCCCUUCACCCCCGGCUUCCCCUCCUUCAACCUCUCCCGGUUCCCCCCCAUCCCGUCCUCCGGCCUCCCGCUGAUCCCRGCGCUGCCAAUCACCGCUACUGUAGCCGCCAAGCUGCUCAGUCAGCUGACGGGUCCUCCCUGUCCGCCAUCUUGGAGAGGGCGGCUGCCGUACGUCCGCUGCGUUCUCGGUCCGGACUUCGGUUCUGGUCGGAGGGUCCGGCUGUCGGUCCAGAACCUGAUGACUCCGGUUCUGCUCAACAACAUCUUCUCCUCCCUGGAGGGCCGAGCUGAGCCAGACCAGUACGUCAUACUGGGAGCCCAGCGAGACUCUCUGGGUCCAGGAGCCGUGAAGUCUGGAGUCGGAACCGCCGUCCUGCUGGAGCUGGCCAGAACCUUCAGCGCCAUGGUGAAGAACGGUUUCAGUCCCAGGCGCAGUCUGCUCUUCGUCAGCUGGGAUGCCGGAGACUUCGGGAACGUCGGAGCGACGGAAUGGCUCGAGGGUUACCUGUCCAUGCUGCACCUGAAGGCCGUGGCUUACUUCAGUCUGGAUCAGGCCAUCAUGGGUGAUGAUCACCUGUCGGCCUCCACCAGUCCUCUGCUGGUCGACCUGCUGGACGCCGCCAUCAGACAGGUGAACAGGUUCCUCUUUCCCGUCUGCCUCCAGGUGGAGUACUACUUCCUGUCUCAGUACGUGUCGGCCAUGGAGACGCCGUUCCGCCAUGUGAUCCAUGGGCGGGGCAACCACACUCUGAGCGCGCUCACUGAGCAUCUGACCCUGCUGACCUCUGACCCCGGACGCUUCGACGAGAACCGCUUCAGACGGCAGCUGGCUCUGUUCACCUGGACGCUGCAGGGGGCGGCGAACGCCCUGAACGGGGACGUGUGGAGCAUCCGGCACACACACAGCUACACACAGCCAGUGUGAACAGUGCUGACCUCCCUGUGGAGCGGAUCUCCCCCAUGUGACCAGUUGAUCCUCCCAGUGGAUCCCUUCAUUCAGCCUUUAGUGUCUGAGGAUCAACAGGUUCAGUGAAAACCAAGAACAUCUGCUGAGUUUCUGCUGAUUAAAUAUUCAUGAAGCUUCACUCAGAUAAUAAAUAAACAUCUGAAUCAUUCAGGGUUUCACUUCCA